AUGAUGUUCAUCACCGUUUUCGCCUCCCUUGCCCUUUUCUUGGGCCAAGGUCUCGCUCAGGAUGCCGGCCUCCUGCCUUGUGCUUCGGGUUGCGUCAAUGGCGUCUUCGCCAAUUCAGCCGCCAUGGGAUGCGACAUGAAUGAUCGCCUUUGUGUCUGUGGAAAGGGUGCUGAUUUCUCGGACGGCAUCCGCGAUUGUAUCAACCAGGCAUGCCCCAGCGACGUAGCUGCGGCACAGAUUUCGAUCGCUCAGGGUUACGGUAACAAUGAAUGCCAAGCCGCAUCAUCUGCAGCUGCAGCUCUAUCUUCUCCCACACCAACCCCUAGUACGCCGGCUUCUUCCACUGAGCCUCAACCUACCGAGCAGGCUGCCGAGUCCGUUUCCUCGACUACGGCUGCGGAAACUACCAAGGCCGCGGAGACUACUAAGGCCCCUGAGGCAAGCCCAAGUUCUACCUCCGAGUCGGGCUUCUCUGCUGCAUCAGUUGAAUCGAUUGCUUCCAGUUCGACCCCUACUGCCACUGAGUCGUCAGCUCCUGCGAAGACUUCUGCGGCUGCCUCUUCAUCAGUACCGUCAGCUACUACUAGCAAUUCAGCCGUCGCCGCCGGAGCGACAUCAUCGGCAGAGAAGACUGAUGAAGGAUCAUCCCCCAACCAGGAUAACGGGUUAAGUGUUGCCGCAAGAGCCGGCAUUGGAGCAGGUGUUGGUGUUGCAGCAGUUCUAGUAAUGAUCAUUGCCUUCUGUCUUCUCCGUCGCCGAUCAAAGACACCUGAACCAGAGCGCGCCCAGACCAUGCAGAUCUCGCAGCCUCUUCCAGGAUCUGGACGACAGUUCGCCGAAGGUGUCCGCUUACCCGACCCUACUUUGUCCAAAGACUUUACUCCGUCGGCACCAUCACCAGAGUCCGCGGAACGCAGCCCUUCGCCUAUGGCCCGUCCGUAUUCACCAUCGACCGCGUCAUACGCUUCGGAACUUGAUGCCAAUGCGCGCCCCUAUGAGGAUCUGUCGCCGCGAACGCAGCCCCGAACUAUGAUCUAA